UCUUUAAAGUCUUCUUCCCCAGAAUUAAAUUCUCUACUCCUCACUCUCGCCGCUACCCCCAAAUCUUCUCCGGCCGCCAUGGACCGCCGCCACCACCACCACGACCGGAGGGACGACCGCCCGGAAUACCCGCCGCCGCCGCCCUUCCAAGAGCCCCCUCCGCCGCCGUUUUACGGCAGGGACAAUCACGGCCCGAGGCGCGAAGAGUACCCCGCUCCGCCGCCGGCGUACGGCCACCAGCCGGAAGUCUUCCACACCUCCCACCAAGGCCCGAGGCGCGAAGAGUACCCCGCUCCGCCGCCGCCGCCGGCGUACGGCCACCCGCCGGAAGUCGUCCACACCUCCCACCAAGGCCCGAGGCGUGAGGAGUACCCCGCUCCACCCCCGCCGUCCAACUUCUCCUCCUACCCCGGCGGACCGCCGCCGCCCCCCGCCGUCGACCACCGGCCUCACUUCCCCGGCCACCGCGAAGACCCCCACGGCGGCCUCUCCGAAUUCGCAAACAAACCGACUUACAGGAUGUACUGCAAGGCCGGCUCCAAUUUCUCCCUCGCCAUUAGAGACGGUCGCGUGAUCCUCACGCGCCACAACCCCUCCGAUCCCCACCAGCACUGGUACAAAGAUGAGAAGUUCAGCACUAGGGUUAAGGAUGAAGAAGGGUUUCCCAGCUUCGCUCUGGUGAACAAAGCCACCGGACAGGCAAUCAAGCACGCCGCCGGUCCUUCCCACCCUGUUCAGCUGAUCCAUCACAAUUCGGACAGAAUGGACGAAUCGAUUCUGUGGACGGAGAGCAAAGACACUGGGGAGAAUUACAGGGCGAUAAGGAUGGUGAACAACAUCAAGCUGAACGUCGACGCGUGGCACGGCGACAAGGAUCACGGCGGCGUUCGUGAGGGCACCACCAUCUCUCUCUGGGAUUGGACCAAGGGAGACAACCAGCGCUGGAAGCUCGUCCCCUACUGAUAGGAUAUAUAUAUAUAUAUGUAUAUGUCUGAAGUGCAAUAAACAAACCUUGUGAUUGCUGCUGCUGCUGCUGCUGCUGCUAGUAUUGUUCGAAUCAUCCCUGGCUUUGUAUUGUUGUUUUCUUACCUUUAUGUAUUAUGGUGUGGUGGUUGACUUGUUUCUGCCAUUGCUGGUGUUGGAAGAACCACCAUGUACUGUGUAUUGGUAUUGUAUUCCCGUGCCUGUCUGAGGAUUGCUUGCUCUAUUGUGAUCUUUUUUUAUGCAUACCUGCAAUGGAUCCUCCUCGAAUUUGAUACAUGAAUAAAUCCAUGUCUAAGAUGCUGAUUAGUAUAAA